CGGGGCUGUGGAAGCAAUAAAACAUUUAUUUUAUUCUCUAGUGUAUACAAUUUUUAUUUUUAAGGAUUGGAGACGUCUAUUGCGCUGCCCGAGACUAUCUUCAGGUAAUCGAGAUGUGUCCAGAUAGAUUGGAGGCUUAUAUCGGUCUUGUGAACUGUUUCCUGUCCCUCAAGUGGUUGGAUGAGGCUAUUGCAUGGCUCCUCUAUGUAAAAGAUAUGAAACCGGACCUGGCCAACGACGAGGAGUUCAAAGCUCUGCACACAGAAGUGGUCACCCUAAAAAAUAACUUUAAAAGGAAGGAAGAGGGUGACAAAUACUUUAAGAACUUUAAAAAGAUAGGGAGCAGGGAAAUGGCGUUAAAGACAAACGCUAAGGACUUUGAACUUCGUUUCCUGGGACAUUGCAAUACUACAACUGAUAUUAAAGAAGCAAGCUUUUUGGGAGAGGAUGGGAAUUACAUUUGUUCUGGUUCGGACGACGGGAUUAUUUUUAUAUGGAAUAAAAAGACGACAAACCUGGUAAACGCACUUUGGGGAGAUGUCUCCAUAGUCAAUUGUGUCCAGCCUCAUCCUAGUUCUUGUCUCAUAGCUUCGAGCGGCAUUGAUUCUGUAGUUAAGCUAUGGUCGCCAUCUGGAGAGGAUGAAGCAGAGACAAACACACGUGUCGUUAAGGAUCUUUGGCUGGCAGUGGAAGCAAAUCAGCAGAGGAUGACCAAAGACCCUUUUGAGAUAAUGCUGACCAACAUAGGAUAUCGUAUGAGUCCCGCGGAGGGUCAGGGGAUGCCCACCUGUCGAACCACUUAACACUAACUGCUGAUAAAUACUGCGAAAAAGAAUAUUUUUUAAUUUAGUUACGUUAUCCUUUUUUUAUUGUUGUUAUCUUCGUCAAUUUCUUCACGUAUUUAAUAAAGACAGCAAAAAACAA